AUGAGCACCCCAACAAUCAGUGACGCUCCCGCCAGCGCCACAGCCACUGGGCAGGACAUACCCUCGCGCGAGGAGCUGAUAGCUGCGUUGGCUAGCUGCACCACGACCGCUCCGCAAGAACUACCUUCGCACGGGGAGCUGAUAGCUUUGAUGGCCGCGCGGACCAAAUGGUGGGUGCCGGUCGUGGACUUCGGCUUGUUGCUGAAUGCUCUUCCUCAAAAAAUACGCGCCCGGGUCAACGCCAUCUUUGCGAAGCUCAUCCAGGACAAGUUUGCCCCCGAGACCGCGACUGAGGCGCGCCAGCAGUUGAGGGAGCUGCUCCAAGCAGAGUAUCCCGAGGUGAUGGAGAAGGUCAACGAGGCCUUCUUUGUCAAGCAUGAAGCGCUGUUUGCCGAAAUUCACCGCCAGAUGCAGCGGGUUGGCCCGCUUCAAGUUGGGCGUGCAGGUGGAGAGGAAGGAAUCCAGCCGUUGUCAGAUAGUCCCUGAUGUAGUGCUCGUGACGGUUUCUCGGUCAACCCCGUCCAGCACGAGAAGCUCAGGCUAGGACACAUGAGGGGCGCCGUCCCACGGCAGCAAACAAAGUCAGUAAGUCAGCUGGUAGUCGUAUUGGCAAAUCGAGGUGCCUAACCAGUUGAAGCAUCUGCUUGCACCACUUGGGCGUUGUGUUAUCAACCCCAUAGCCAGAAUAUAUACAAUGCGAGAACAUAUAAAG